CCACAUUGUAAAUGUUAUUAAGAUGUUCAUCCGAGCUGAGCGGCUUGCAGACCACGAUGGGCACCUGUCCUUUAUUGCUACCUGGAUGCUGGACAUAUUUAGAGCUGCAGACCAUCAUCAGUAUGCCAAAGGUGCACGAAUGUACUGUCAACUGAUGAAGGAACUGGAAACUUUGCCUCGUUACAAAGAGACCAUUGAACGUUUCACUGCCCAUGGGAACCAUGUUGUCCGGUAUUCCAGCCACGAUUGGUCUGGCACCUGGUGUGACAUCUGCAUUGAGCAGACGUUAAUGAAGGCGGCCAAAUCAGAAGGUGGACUGAGCAGAGGGAGGAUGAGAAGCAGUGAUGCUGGCCACAAGUGAUGGGUGCUCACCCUCAGCCACUUCUCUAAUAUCAACAAGCAUAUGGAUGAAGGAGUAAACCAACAUGCUCCACUCCACAGAGACCUUGGGAAAACCCAGAUGAAGCGUGAUGCAGGGGCAGUUAAACUUGCCCUCCAGUGGUUUGAGGAGAACAACCCGUUUGAAACUUGGCAGGAUAUUGCCAACAGUUACCUAAGGUACCUGCAGAAUCUUGGCCGUAACUGUCAAAAGAUCAUUGUGGUUUUUGAUGGCUAUAACAGAUUGCCAAAAGAUCAUGACCACAUCCGACGAACCAAGAAGGCAUGCUGUGAUCUCCAGAUUCGAGGGGAUCUGAUACACUGGACACCAAGAGCAAAGUUCUUGGACAAAUGCCAUAAUAAGAGUGAACUCUAUCACCUCCUCUCUUCAACAUUCCGGAAGCUUAGCAUCACCGUGGUGCAGAGUGACAAUGAUGUUAACACUUUCAUUGUGGGAGAGGCAUUGGCUGCUGCUACAGAUGGCUCUGUUGAGGUCCGGGCAGAAGAUGCAGAUGUGCUGGUAAUGUUGACGCACCAUAGCUCAAGCACCAAAUACCCACUCUUCUUCACGACAUUGAAGGGCUCUUAUGAUGUCAGGAGGAUUCGAGAAGUUCUCUCUGAAAAACAGAGACGCUACCUGGUCUUUUGUCACGUCUUCACUGGGUGUGAUACAGUCUCUGCUAUCGCUGGCCAUGGGAAAACCAUUCUGUUUGACAGGUUUUGUGCAGGGGACAUAGAUGAACAUAUGGACAUCUUCCUGGACAUACGCGCUACCAAGGAUGCAGUGAUUCAGACUGGUACUGCGAUCUUCCACUACAUCUACCAUGGACCAGGUAGUACUCUGGGUAAAGUUCGAUACAACAUCUUUUUAGGCAAGGCAGCGGCUGGGCUGAUCAAACCAGAGACUCUACCUCCAACAGAGGGUGCAGCAGCACAUCAUUCACUCCGUGUCUACCAACAGACUCGGAACUGGCUCCUUCUACAGAGCAUGUCUCUGGACCCUAAUGACUAUGGAUGGACAAUAGGUGUUCAUGGUUAUGAGCCAGUUCCAACUCUAGACCCCAUGGCUCCUGAAGAGCUACUCCAGUUCACAAGCUGGAAUUAUCAUGGAGAUUGCAGCAGUCGGCGAUGCAGCUACAAAAAGAAUAGCGUCAAGUGCAUCUCAGCUUGUGGAGUCUGUCAAGGCAUUACCUGCAAGAAUGCUAUUCACGGUGAUGGCAUUUUAUGAUGAAUACU